AUGAUGGAAAUUGAUGAGGAGGAUAUCUUACGCGCAAUUGCGAACGGUGGUUCGGUUGACUUUUCAAUAUGGCCAGCUUUAUUAUCAGGAAUAGUGGCUCGAAUCGAAAAGAUCACACAUCAUGAAUUCUCAAUACCUAACUUGCCAUCCACGGCCGUUGCUACUACUAUUAUUCCAUCCUCGAUACCACAUCCACCUUUAGUUCGACGCUAUUCAGAGCCGACAGAGAACUUUCUGUCACCACUACCGUCGUCGCCUUUAGAACCCCCAAGCUCAGCAUCUUCUCAAGAUAAUAAAGAAAAUACACCCAUUGCGCCGCGGGUAAACCUGUCGUCUACAUCAGCUCCUGCUUCUGCUACAACUCUUCCUCCGGGCACGCUACCACCACAGAUCAUCUCUAUGCUUACCGAGAUAACUUCUACUUUAAAAUCCACAUUCCCAAAGUAUCCUCCACAUACUUUGCAACGCUUAUCAGAGCUUGUCCUAGCACCCAGAAAUCACUACCGUACAUUACCAACAUAUCUUCAUGCCCUCGAUAGAGUUGUCCAUGUGACUUCGGGUCUUAACAUUUAUCCACUCCCUCCAGCGAUACCCGAUAUGAAAACAGCAUCGCUGCUAACAAAUGGAAUAUCCGAUCCCAUAGCCUCACCGUCGCCCUUCGCUGCACCUGGUAGUGACGAAGCUCUAGGCGGUGCUCUUUUGACUCCCAUCCCCUGGCUUCAGCCAAAUCAGCAUGGAAUUGGUGGGCCCUCGCAAUCCUCGCUAGGAACACCGGGAACUAGAAGUCCUAACAGCCAGAAUAGCGGAGUAGUCGGCCCAAUGGGCGGUGAUCUCGAAGGCGAGGUACGUACGGAAAGCACUGAGACUAUCGAUGGUCCCAAUGGUGUCGGCAGUAUCGAGACGGUAUCAGUGUCGGUCAACGGGAUCCCCUCAAUGGGCGCUCGUGGUAUAGGUGUAACUCAAGGCGAGCUACUGAGGCAGGAACAACGCGCCGGUGUGGUCCCCGUCAGCCAACUUGUGCCUAGCCACCACGUACACGGCGGGAACCCGCACGCCCAGAUUCAUCGGCGAGCAUCCACCUCUCCGAGCACCGAAUCCCCUCAAAAUGUAGCGACACCGACUUCUUCAUCCGGCAGUCCCGAAUCUGAGAGGAAGUCCCAGUCUCCUCCAAAUGUAGAUACCCCUCCUUCUAUUAGCGGUACCGCCACCCUUACCGUAGACGCCGACGCUCCUCUAGGCUCGGUAACCGGCGCGGAUGAAGAGAAGCCGCACGCGCGGGGGCCCGAGGAAAUUGGCCCAGAAGACAUGGGUCCGCAGCACGGCAACACAAGUCUCGGGAGCACUACGAUCGGCAGUCCAGGCGGCGUCGAGAUGCAAGGCAUCGACGUCGAAGCAGCGGUUGGUCGAAAAGCAGUAGGGGGCCGUGGAAGCAGCAAGAGUCCUCCGAAGACGGACGGGGCGGGCGAUAAGAUGGACGUCGAGGCAUCAGAAGAAGAAGGCAGCGAUCGAGAAACGAAACGCGAGGCGGAGGACGAGCCCGAGGGCGCUGCGGGAGCGAAGAAGUUGAAAGAGGAUAAGGAACUGGCGCCCGAGACGACUACCGAAGAAGGACGGACCGAGGCCGAGGCUAUGGAUACUUCUUCUGAUGGCAAGGGAGAGGCGAAAGGGGUGCAGGGAAGCGUCUAG